GCUAAUUGAUAACGAGUUGAUAACUGUCCCAUAAAUCUUUCGUGAUAUUAACCAGUUUUGAGUACUCACAAUUCAUAUUUCGGUUUCUCAUUAGGCCGAUGUUCGAUAACUAGAAAGUCGAGUAUCGAUAAUCCCAACAACUACCCGUUCUGCCGUUCGUCUCAAAUCUGGAAAUGACUUCACAGAAAAUACUAUCCAAUUUCGUUUAUUAGGUCAAAAGAGACGACAACGCAAGACAUGGAUGUGGAUCAAAAUGUUCACGAAUCUGUGUCGACAGUGGACGACACAACAACAAUAACAGAACCUAAGACAGAAAAUGUACAAACAAUGUCUACCACAAAAGCAUUGGUCAUAUUAGUGAUUAUAUUCUCAUUGUUCAUACUAAUCUUGGGAUAUUUGUAUUACAGUUUCCCCCAGAUGACUGAGGAGGAAAGAAAAUACAUAAAAAUUCCACGUAAUACCACAGACAUGCAAAACCUGGGUAGAGUCUUGGAAGAUUACAAGGAUACAUAUUACACUCAAGUGUUUAUGUCAAUUUUCUUCUGUUACAUAUUUUUGCAAACGUUUGCAAUACCAGGUUCAAUUUCAUUAUCAAUAUUAUGUGGAUUUUUAUACCCAUUUUUAUUAGCAUUAGCAAUCAUAUGUUUUUGUUCGGCAAUGGGUGCAUGUUUUUGUUACUUAUUGUCAAUGACAAUAGGAAGGAGAUUAGCAUAUAGAUACUUCCCAGACAGAAUCAAAACAUAUGCAAAUUUGGUUAAGAAACAUAAUGACAAUAUGUUUUGUUAUAUGAUGUUUUUGCGAAUUACCCCAUUUUUGCCCAAUUGGUUCAUAAAUGUGUGUGCACCACUAGUUGAUGUUCCGUUAAUACCAUUUUGGUUGGGAACUUUUUUUGGAGUAGCGGUACCAUCUGUAUUGGUUGUACAAGCUGGACAAACUUUACAUCAGGUCACAACAGAAUCCACCUGGUCAUGGUCUUCCGUACUACUCUUGGCAACAUUUGCUGCCCUUUCUUUAUUGCCUGUACUAUUCAAGGCAAAAUUAAGAGACAAAUUCGACUGAAAAAAUGUUGUUGACUGCCAUAUCGAAGGACAUUCCAUUAGUGUAGUCUAGAUUCCCCACCCAUCUAAUGCCUCUUCCUUAUGUCACAGUGUCUCAUUAAUUAUUACAUUUAUAAUAUAUAAACAUCAUAAAAUUAUUUAUAACAAAUAAAAAUUGUUUUGUUACCUUUGGA